UAAUAUUCAACGCAAAAGGAAAACUGCAUCGAAACAAAAAGGAAACAUUGAGAGAGAACGAUGGUUUCGUGUGAUUGGGAUCCGGGAAUUAUAGAGGUGAUUCUCGGAUCUGAAGGAAAAACGGAGGCAGACGGGGAGAGAGGGAAGGUCUCUUUUUUCCUUUCUCGAUUGGAUUCGAUUGAUUCGAUCCGAGUUGAAAGGAACCAGAGAGGGGGAGCAUAUCGGGGAUGGUUUAAUGGACGAGAUAUGGUGAAUCGUGAUAUGAUUGUGGGAGCGCGAGAUAAGGCAACAUUGGGGAUACUAGAGCUGGUGGUUUCCUCGGUUGGUUGGAUUUUGAUUCUCUUCUUUAUGAUGAGGCAAUCGCAGGGAGACCAAGGGGCAAUUAGUGGGGUCAAUGGGGGAGUUACGGAAUGGUGAGGGAACACGGAAGAGGCUGAAAAUCACGGUGGCACACUUUGACAAUUCCGAUUUGAUCAAGUCGUUCUCAAGGAUCUUGGUGGGACGUUGUAUGAAUCCACCAGCUCAGGAAAUGAAGGCGCUGCUCUCUAACCUUCCGAAGAUUUGGAAGUUGGAAGAUCGGGUGAUAGGGAAGGACUUGGGACUUGGUAAGUUCCAGUUCGAGUUUGAGAAGGAGGAAGAUAUGGAGGGGGUCUUAAAGCUGCAGCCAUAUCAUUUCGAUUAUUGGAUGAUAGCCGUGGCUAAGUGGCAACCGAAGAGAUCGAUUAAUUAUCCAUCGGAGAUACCGUUUUGGGUUCGGGUUCUUGGUGUGUCUAAGGAGUUCAGGACGGUGCCCACAUUCGAAAGCAUAUGAGAUGCUAUUGGAAGAGUGGUUGAGGUGGAUUUGGAACUAAUGCGAGUGCUCGUGGUGGUGGAUGCUUUUAAAGAAUUAUGCUUUGAGACCUCAGUGGACUUCACCGGUGGGGAGUUCUACGAUGGCGAGGAGGUGCAUAUUCUAUUGAGGUAUGAAAAGUUAUUUGGUUACUGUGAGGAAUGUGGGAGUCUAUGCCACCAUGAAUCAAAGUGUCCAUUGACGAAAGGCUUCAAGCAAAACUCCGAGAGAAAGACGGAGGUUCGACAAGGAAGUGGUAGUUGGAAUGAAGGACAUAAGCAUGACGAUAGGGCGAGAAGCUAUAAGGGAGUGGCCAUACAUGAGAAUGGAGCACAACAGAAUCGUGAGAGAGAUUCAAGGGAGUACCAUGGAAAGGGGAAGGGCAAGAUGGGUGAAGAGACUGAUGCUAAAUGGGUGAGAAAAGGUGACCGGAGUAACAGGAAACCUUACGGUCCCAACGGAAAUAAUAGAGGUGAUGGGGAAGGGUCAAGAUCCAAGUCUCAGAUGCGGGAGGAGUCUCGUCCGAGCGACCAGGAGGGAAACAAACCAGGUGUUACAGAGCAAAAAGGUGAUCAACAACGCCAGCUAUGGUCACAUGAAGAUGUGGAGGAGGAAGGAGAGAUUAGGUACGAGGGGAGGGGUCACAUGAUGCUUCCAGGCGCAGUUGGCCAAUACACAAGCAGUUGGAAAUGAGGUGAUAUCGGAUCCCACUGAUGCAGUAAAUGGACUGAAACAGAUUCAGACUUUGGUGGAGGGGCAAUUAAAGAUAGGUGAGGACGAAGUAAUGGAAUGGGAUGAUCUAGAGGUAGUUGACAACUUACCGGAUCUCACCGAGGAGGAGGUAGCUGCGAUAAACGCAGAAUUGGAGGAACAUGCGGUGCUAGACGAUACUGAGGAACCGCCGGUGACGGAGGAUGAUAAGGGACAGCAGAUUGAGGGGGAGUUUAUGAAGCAAGUGACCAAGAAGCGUCUCUUUAAAUCCACUUUGAGCACUGCCGCAAGCACAAAAAUGAGAAGUGCUAAAGCCCUUGCUUCCCCCCCGCAAGAAGGCUCCGGCUAAGGCAGGGAAUCGUCCGGGAGACAAUAGGUACCAGCAGGAGAGUAAGGUUGCUUCAAACCUUAUGGCUGUGCAUCAAAAGCCAUAGUUUUUAUGAAUCAAGUCAGCCCUUCUGAGAUGUUUCUAAAACAGGAGUUGGGUCUUGUUUUUGGGUUUUGCUUUAUGUUUCUAAUAAUCUCGAUGAGCAUGAGUAUUUUGUUUCAGUUUUCUGGUCUGUUUGCGUUUCAUUUGGUUGUUGUGGUUUCCACAUAUUUCUGUGUCAAUUUAUUUAUUCAAAUAAUAAAAUCACAGGAGUAUGGUUA